GUGACGGCGUCUCCCCGCCCUCUCACCCCGCUGCCUCUGGGUUUUGGGAAGAUGGCGAAGAUCUCAGAGCUUUACGAUGUCACUUGGGAAGAAAUGCGAGAUAAAAUGAGAAAAUGGAGAGAAGAAAACUCACGAAAUAGUGAGCAAAUUGUGGAAGUUGGAGAAGAAUUAAUUAAUGAAUAUGCCUCUAAGCUUGGAGAUGACAUUUGGAUCAUAUAUGAACAGGUGAUGAUUGCAGCCCUAGACUAUGGUCGGGAUGAGUUGGCAUUGUUUUGUCUUCAGGAGUUAAGAAGACAGUUUCCUGGCAGUCACAGAGUCAAGCGAUUAACGGGCAUGAGAUUUGAAGCCAUGGAAAGAUAUGAUGAUGCUAUACAACUGUAUGAUCGAAUUUUACAGGAAGAUCCAACUAACACUGCUGCAAGAAAGCGUAAGAUUGCCAUUCGAAAAGCCCAGGGGAAAAAUGUGGAGGCCAUUCGCGAACUGAAUGAGUAUCUGGAACAAUUUGUUGGAGAUCAAGAAGCCUGGCAUGAACUGGCAGAACUUUAUAUCAAUGAACAUGACUAUGCAAAAGCAGCCUUUUGUUUAGAGGAGCUUAUGAUGACAAAUCCACACAACCACUUAUACUGUCAGCAGUAUGCUGAAGUUAAAUAUACCCAAGGUGGACUUGAAAACCUGGAACUUUCAAGAAAGUAUUUUGCACAGGCAUUGAAACUGAACAACAGAAAUAUGAGAGCUUUGUUUGGGCUUUACAUGUCGGCAAGUCAUAUUGCUUCUAAUGCAAAAGCGAGUGCAAAAAUGAAAAAGGACAACAUGAAAUAUGCUAGUUGGGCAGCUAGUCAAAUAAACAGAGCUUAUCAGUUUGCAGGUCGAAGUAAGAAGGAAACCAAAUACUCUCUAAAGGCAGUUGAAGACAUGUUGGAAACAUUGCAGAUCACCCAGUCUUAAGGUUUCAAAAACUCUUUGACAUUAGAUUUCACAACUGCACAAUUGAACUUACUGGCCUGUGACUUAUUUACUAAAUGCCCAGUGCUAUUUAUAUUCUAAUUUUCUCUUAAGAAGGCAGUUACAAAGAUUGUGUUUAUAUAAACCUAAAAAUGCCUUUUACUGCUAAGCAGGUAGAUGGGGGAAUAUCCGAGGAAGAGAGAUUUAAGACUUACUGAUUGUAUACCACUCUCUCCAUAUCACAUAUAUAAUCAUUACUUUUAAACCGCAACCUGAUACAGAAAUAACCUUGUUAAAUAAACCAUUAUGAUUUAUUAAACUUGAAUAUAAGAUUGUAGCUUCAUUUUGUUAUAAUCAGUCUGUAGUUUUAGAACUCAAUUUCUAGUUAACUCCUCACUGAUAGGAAAUGCACCUCAUACAAAAUUGACAGCAGUAGAUUAUUUUGACUUUAUUUAUGGUGUCAGCUUGAAUUUUGCUUUGUCUUCUAGUGGGCUACUUAAUUCAUUUACAUGCUGAAAUGUUAUUCUGAUAAACUGUGGUUAAAAUAUGUCAUUCUGCAAGGUACAGUAGUAUCUCUUAGUAAAUUUUGUUUUCACUUAAGACAUAAUUGAGAUUUUUUGCCUAAAAAUACCUGAAAGUUAAUGUUUGGUAUAAUACUUAUAUUUAACCUUUUUACAAGUUAAACUUUAUAGUUUAGUGAACUUUAUAACUGUAAAUUACAUAAAAGAAUAUUUAAGGAUCAUAGAAAUUAACUGUGAAAAAAAUCACAUUACAGUGGCUUAUUUUUAGUUUGGGGGAAAGAAUGAGAAAAUCUAAAUUAUCUUUAGGGACAAAAGUAUAGUUCUCAUAUUCUGUCUCCUCCUUUAGUUAUAAUUACAAUAUAUUUUUCUCUUUUAAUAGUAAUUAAUCAUUGUGCUACCUUCAACCGUGUUUUACACAUUUCAGUAGAACAGAAAAGACUUUGAAAGUUAAAUACUUUAGCUGCAAAUAACCUUUUCAAAUAGACAGUUAUUUAUUCUGGACAAAUAAAUAUCGUUAAUAGUUUGCAAUUUAUAAAUGUUUAGAUUUUAAUUGUUUGUGUUAAUAUAUUGAGACUUCUGUGGACUGGUUACUGAUGUUUUUGGGCAAGUAGGGAUUGUGAAGGAUUUGACAACCUAGUGUUUAGAAAACUUUUGUCAAUAUCAGCUCCUUUUAAUGUUUUAAGUAAUUCUUUCUGUUAGUAAAUUAUUCUCCAUAUUUAGUCUAAUCUUCAGUGUUACAUAAUGUCUUUCAUUUUAUUCUGCCAAAAUAAUGAGCAGCUAUUAAAUACCUUUUGUUAAAAAGCUCUUCUAAUAGGAAAUUAACUGUUCCCCCCCUCUAAUUCUUUUUUUUUUUUUUUUUUAAGAUUUUAUUCAUUUACUUGAGAGGUAGAGUUACAGACAGUGAGAGGGAGAGACAGAGAGAAAGGUCUUCCUUCCGCUGGCUCACUCCCCAAAUGGCUGUAAUGGCAGGAGCUGUUCCGAUCUAAAGCCAGGAGCCAGGUGCCUCCUCCUGGUCUCCCAUGCAGGUGCAGGGCCCAAGCACGUGGGCCAUCCUCCACCGGCCUCCCAGACCACAGCAGAGAGCUGGACUGGAAGAGGAGCAGCCGGGACUGGAACUGGCACCCGCUUGGGAUGCUGGCGCCGCAGCCUGAGGACUAACCCACUGCGCCAUGGCACCGGCUCCAUGCCCCCCCUAAUUUUUGUUAUCACAAGGAUGUACUCUUUCUGUACAUGAGAUAGUAAUUGUGUCUCAACAUUAUCCAUUUCAACACUACUUAGGCUCUAAAGGAAAUAGUGUCUGCACAUUGUCCCGUUGCUUUUUCUCCUUCUCACCCCUGCUUGUCAAUCAAUAGAUUACUGUUUAAUUAAUAAUUGUAUGUGUGUGAGAAGUAACUUAGUGCCUCCAGUAGCUGUCAGCCUUAGUUUUCUCUAAUUUUCUGUAAUUUUUUUGCCAAAUUUUUUGAAGCACACUGUCAGUGUAAUUUAUUAAUAUCACCCUUAUAAACUUCAACUUCAAUGUUCUGAUAAUCCCAUGUGGCAGACAGUUGCCUUCAUUACUGUUAUUACCUCUAUUUCUUCGUUAACAGUACCCUAUUUUGUUUAGAUAGUAGCAAAGAUCUUACCUCAAAGAGAUGAGAACCCUACCACAGCCCCAGAAGAUAGAGCUCAGUUGAUCUGAAACAGAAAUAUUGGUUUCAUUCCUUUUGUUUGGUGAUUAUUAGUCCAAGGCAGAACUUCUUUUAAUAAAGGAAACAAACUAUAUGUUACUAUCCUGAGUGGUAGCUGCUUGCCAUGUAUUGAGUACUUCAGAUAUGGCUAGUACAACUGCAAAAUAGAAUUUUUAGUUUUUUAAAGUCUAAACAGCCACAGAUCACUAAAGGCUACCAUAUCACACAAUAUAGAUCCAAAAUGUGGGAUGACAUAAUUAGGCAAAUGAAAUGAAGAAAAGAUUGCUUGAAGGGCUUUCCUUUCAAAUGAAAAAGUCAAAGCUUUUUUGUAGUUGACAGUUUUUACCUGUUUUCUUCUUCUGACCAUAUGCCAGUGAGAGACUGAGAAGUACAACAGCCAUCUUUAAAACCAUGAGAUGACAAAUUUGAGAAUGAAGGUGCAUUUCAAAGAUAGGGUUGAAACAUUAGGGAGGUCCUGGCUCUUUGAUGGCUUUGUUGAAUGCCUGAACCAACAUGAACUGUUACCAACCUCUGUACUUAUCAUUACAUAAGAGAUAACUCUUGAUAUUUAAGAUACUGUAUUUGGGGUUCUUAUUACUUUAGCCAUGUAUGUGUCUGACUUAUAUAUCCAUUAUUCAACUAUUUUUAAUCCUGCAAAACUCUUAGUUUAGACUUGUCAGGAUUGAUAUUUCAGAAUGUUAAUUUGAAGCAAGAAGAUAAUCACAUAUAACAAAAGAAGUAAUAUCUUCCUACAGCUCAGCCCCUAGCAUUUUAAGUCAAUGUAGAAUGUUAACCAUAAAAAUAAUGCUGAUUUGGGAGCAGAGAGGAAUGUAGGAAAAAAAUAGCAAGGCAAGGCCAGUGUUUCAGAUGCUGGUGAACAUUUAGUUUAACUUUUUAACAGCAAAUAUUUAGAAGACUCUUUUCUUCUAAUCCACAGCCUGCUUACUCUCAAAAUAACUUAUGUGACUAAAUGCCAUAGAACCAUAUACUUUUAGAGGGGACAUUGAAGAUGAUUUGGUUGUACUCAGUCUUAAGAUGAAGAAUCUGAGGCUCAAAGAAAUUAAUGUCUUCUGUGACAGAGUGGAGACAGAGUCCAGUAUGUCAGGGAUUUUCAUUUCAGUACUUUUUCUAGUACCCUCUGAUGUGUAUGUCUGUUUUGUGAUAGGGUGUUCCCAUUUUAGGGUGACUAGAAUGAGGACCAGACAUAUGCAGGGGUCAUAGCUUGUUAACAGAACAAGAAGUGGUAUUCACAUUGUCUGAUUUGUAAAACAAUGUUUUCAUUAAUAAAGUCAAAAUUUUAUUUUCAUUUAAAUUGAAUUUAACUUAUUUAAGGUGUUUCAUUUAUAAUCACUGUGAAGAGUAUUUUAGAAUACUUAGAUGUACUGUAUACCUCUUUUGCUUUGAAUCUUUGAUGUAUCCUUUCUCCCUUAUGACCCCUGGGUUAUCUUUUAAUAUAGGCUGAAUUGUGUUCUCCCAAAGUUUGUGUAUUAAAGUCUUAACCCCUAGUA